AUGGGAUAUGAGCAUAAUUCAUAUAUACCUUACCCAAGUUGGCAAGAUUACCCAAAUUAUGACUACAACCCACCACCGUUGCCGCCACCACCACAAUUGUAUCAACCUCCAUCGCUACUACCAGAGACAGAAAUGCCUUUGGAAGAAGUGGUUCAAAGUUUAGCGACUGGUUUGCAAAGAUUGGAGAAACAAGCGUCUCAGCUGGCUGUAGGCAUUAGUAGACUAGAAAAAACAUUUCAGAUUCCAGGAGAGGUUAAGUCAGAGACUGUGGAGACUCUUUCAAAAGAGGAAGUUCCACCUGUAGAAGCCACAACUGUGCAAGAUGCAAAAAACUUAGAAGAUGCAGAGACAGAGGAAGCGAGUGAGAAAGAAUCGUUAGAGAAUUCUUUCAGAGGUCAUCCUAAUAUUCCUUUUGUAGACAAUCUUGAAGAGUUAUCUCAUGAUGAUGAGUCUAUUGUGGACCUUUGCACCAACAAGAUAGAACCUACACUCCAAGAUCUUAGAAGUUGUCUUAGUAACAUGCCUCAUACUGCAUUUAACUUGUUGAAACAUGGUUCUGUACCAAAAAUUGAUGUGGCUAAAAAGGUUGUUGACAAGUCUUUUAAAUUUUCUACUUCUAUGGUAGAGAAGUCGAUUGCAAGAAAUGAUUAUCUUGUUUUGGUUGAUGUUAUUGAUGUGAGUGAUUUGAAAUUAAACUAUGCAAGAGAGUCAAGUCUUCUUUUCUUUGGAACGUCAUUCCAGAAAACUGCUAGAAUUAAGUUAACGAAUUAAGUUAAAUCGUUAGGUUGGGAGAAUGAAAAUUUACAUGCUAAGGGUACUUCACGAGUUGAUUUUAAUGGCAGUUGUCUUUUUGAGGAUGUGCUUGAAAAUUCUGAAAU